UUUCAAAAUGGAAAGAAAAUACUUGGAAAAAAUGUUGGAUGCCAUGGAGGCAAAUUUUAGUGACGAAAGUCUCAUUGCCGUCGAUCCCACCAUAGACACUUAUUUACAAUCGCGACAAGUAAAUUAUGACAAUUUAUGCAGUGUACAAAAAUUAUUGCUUAGUGUUGAGGACGCCACAACAUUGUUGGCAUAUGCUCAGCUUUCUCAGUAUAAUGUACGAGUACGAACUCAAGGUCAGAUAAAAUCCAACUACUUGUGGAAAUGUAGAGUAAGCUCAACCAAAAGUGAUAUUACAAUAUUGUCACCCAAAUUCGAUGAAAUCCAUUUGGGACAUUUUAAUAAAAGCUUACCAGCUAAGUCUAUAAUUUUGGAAACAUUAUUUGGCAAUAUUCAAAAUGUUGUGGGCUCUAUUCAAAAUAUUAAAGGCAAUGAACUCGUCUUUAAAAAUGAAGACGAUUUUUUCCGUGGCGGGAUGUACGAUGUCAGAUUUAGUUAUCCAAGAGUGCCAUUUGAUCUUAUGUGCAACGCAUUAAAUAUCGUUGAAAAGAAUUCGAGUAUUCGCCGCUAUCUGUUCCCAGUACUGCAAUCAACACCCACCGAGAACUCCGCUCAAGAUCCCAAAAAUGUUCCAAAACUUACUCUGCUCAAUGCUUCUAUUCGCAACAAUGCCGAGCAGUUACAAGCUGUGCAGCAGAUCGUUGCAGGUCAAAAUCCCCAAGCACCGUAUGUUGUCUUUGGACCCCCAGGCACCGGCAAGACCACAACCGUUGUAGAGGCGAUUCUACAAUUGCACUUGAAAGGAAACAAUCGCAUUCUUGUUACUGCUGGAUCCAAUUCGGCAUGUGACACGAUUGCAAUAAGGAUAAGCGAAGGACUUCAGUCGCUAGAUAAUAAUUCGACAAAUGUUAUGAUACGAUUUCAUUCCGCUUUCUAUAAGGUGCAUUCUGCACUGACAAAACAGUCUUUGGCUCCAUCUGACAACGAACUCCUAUGGGGAAGUUUAUCUAGGUACAAAAUAAUUGUGGCAACAUUGUGUUGCGUGGGACGCAUGUUUCUUUAUUCACAGAGACACACUUUUACCCACGUUUUUAUUGACGAGGCGGCGGCAUCAACGGAAGCUGAAUCAUUAAUGGCAAUAUCGUAUAAAAUCAACGAAGCCUGUCAGUUCAUACUCUCCGGUGACAACAAACAGUUGGGACCAGUCAUCAAGUCCCAUCGAGCUGCGUCUCUCGGCUUUGAUCGCUCUCUCAUGGAUCGCCUCUUAGACAACCAAUUGUACAAAGUGGAUUCCAGCGGAAAAUAUGACGAAACAUUGCAGACCCGAUUGCGCCGCAAUUACCGAUCCCAUCCGGAGAUCGUGGGCAUCUACAACAAGCUGUUCUACAACGGAGAACUAAUACCGUUGGCGCCCCCCGCUCAGGUUAAUCAGGCAGCCAAUUGGAGUGAGUUGCGCAAUGAAGAGUUUCCAAUCAUAUUUCAAGCUGUUAUUGGAAAAACCAUGCGCGAUAACCCCUCAACUAGUAGCUUCAAUCAGCGCGAAGCUCAUGUGGUCUGCUGGUAUGUGAUGAAGUUGCUCACCGAUGGUCUUGGAAGCGGAAUUAAAGUGACAGAGGAUGAAAUUGGUAUAAUUACACCAUAUCUAGCGCAAUGCGAGCGAAUUAAACGAUUGCUUCGCCAAGAGUGCAAAAAUAAAAUUGAAGUUGGCAGUGUCGAGAAAUUUCAGGGACGAGAAAAGAAUAUUAUUAUUGCAUCUAUGGUCAGCUCCUUUGAGAGCAUAAAAUUUGUAUCAAAUCCUCGACGACUUAAUGUGUUGCUCUCGCGUGCCAAAUCGUUGAUGAUACUUAUAGGCAACCCAAUCACACUGCGCAAAAACAAGAGUUAUGCGUUUAUCAUUGAUGAGUGCAAGAGGAAUCGCAAUUUUUUGAGUGACAACCUGGUGGAGAAAAGAAAACUCAAAGAACCCUUAAAAAAGACGGCAAAUAAAGUCAAGAAAAAUAGGAUUUCAAGUCUUGCUUUACGACUUGAAAAAGCUGUUUUGUAAAGCAAAAGUAUUAAAUAUGAUACCAUUGAUGUCAAUUGAAUUACGAAAAUAAAGUACAUGAAAUAUAUAA